UCCGGAAACAAACGUUAGUUUUUCCUCAGCGAGGGGCCUACUCCUGUCAAGUUGUGGGAAACGGCUGAGCGGCAGUUGGAGGCAAGCAGGGAGGGGCGGUAUUUGGCCGUUUAGUUAGGAUGUUGCGCGGCCUCAGCGGCUGGUUUGGGAUGAGUCCGGCAGGUGAGGAAGAGAAACCGCCUCUCCUCGAAGGGGAACCCGGACCUGGUGAGGGGGAAGCGGUGCCUGAAGGGGACGCAGCAGGGCGGAACCAGGAGGAGGUGGAGCUGCAGGUGGACUCGGACCCGCUUCUCAACCAGGCCAAGGGACUCGGCAGUUAUCUCUUCAGCUUUGCCACUACAGCAUCGAAAAAGUUAUCUGAAUCAGUUGCUGAAACGGCACAAACUAUAAAGAAGUCUGUAGAAGAAGGAAAAAUAGAAAAUAUAAUUGACAAGACAAUUAUAGGAGACUUUCAGAAGGAACAGAAAAAAUUUGUUCAACAGCAACACACACACAAAUCAGAAGCAGCUGUGCCUCCUUGGGUAGACAGCAAUGAAGAAGAAACAAUUCAGCAACAAAUAUUGGCCUUAUCAGCAGACAGAAGAAACUUCCUGCGUGACCCACCAGCAGGGGUUCAGUUUAAUUUUGACUUUGAUCAAAUGUAUCCAGUGGCAAUGGUAAUGCUCCAGGAAGAUCAGCUUCUAAACAGAAUGAGAUUUGAUCUUGUCCCAAAGCAUGUAAAGGAAGAUGUGUUCUGGAGGAAUUAUUUUUACCGCGUCUCCCUAAUUAAACAGUCUGCACAACUCACAGCACUGGCUGCACAACAGCAAGCAGUGAGAAAGGAGAAGAAUGGCAGUGAAGAAGAUAGACAGUUAACAGAAACUGUGAGGCCAAAGACACCACCUGUAGCAAUCAAGUCUCAACUAAAACCUCAAGAGGAGGAUGAAGAGAUUUCCACUAGCCCAGGUGUAUCAGAAUUUGUGAGCGAUGCUUUUGAUGCAUGCAACCUGAAUCAGGAAGAUCUGAGGAAGGAGAUUGAACAACUUGUGCUUGACAAAAAAAAGGAAACAACCACAGCGGAAGAAGAAACUCCAGAUUGGGAAAAGGAAAUACAACAAGAGCUUCAAGAAUAUGAAGUAGUUUCGGAGUCAGAAAAACGAGAUGACAAUUGGGACAAAGAAAUAGAAGAAAUGCUACAGGGAGAAAAUUAACCACUUUGCACAACUAUUUUCUGGAAACUGACAUGAACUUGUUUUUAUACUUGCUUCAGGGUCUUUUCUGAGGCACAAUGCUGUUCUUUGUAAAAUAAGACUCCAGGUGAUACAUAAUUAGGUGUAAAAACUGCGCAAUGAAAAUACUGUUCAUAAUCUAUGGGGCUGUAAGGCAGGUUUUGACUUGUGGAGCUGUUAGAAAAUCCCUAACACAUUUCAUUUGUCAAUUUUGAAAGUUAAGGGAUUUACACAAGUGAGUUCCAGUGCAGCACAAGAGGGUGCUUUGGGACAGAGGGACGUUCCAGAAAAUGAGCACAAGUAGUAGUUUGUGCCUAAAAAAGCUCUCUGAAGCACUGGUUGUAUUUUGAAAACUUCAGGUGGGUAGAAAAUAUUAGCUGGAUGUCAGACAUGAAUAUUGGUUUAUAAGUAAAAAAUUUGUGAACUGAUUUCUGUAGUGGAAAACUUGUAUUUAACUACUUCAGUGCAAGUAAUGGAAUAUGUUGAUAUUCUGAUCUUUAUGGUUCAUUUAUAAAUAAGUUAUGAAUAUACAUCUAGCUAUUAGCUUUUUUUAAAAAAAAUACAUCCUAGGCUACAUAUGAUCUUUUAGAAAGCAUUAUCAGACUUGUGUUUAUAUCUCAAGAUGAUUUGUUGUCUUACAAAACUGACAUCAAUCAGAAGCAGUGAAGGAUUACACUGAUAUGGUGUGGCUAACAGAAAAUCAAGUGGUUCUACUAACUUCACUUCAGUCUGUGGCAAGAUACACCUGCACACAAUACAGAUCGAUGACGUAUAAACUAGUACUUUGUUAAUGUUCUGUUGAGUAAAGCACCAUUUUGGAGUUUGUGUUGGUACACUACCUUGAAGUUUACAUCAAGUGCUGUCAAGCAUUCUAAAAGAAAAGGUUUGGUGAUUUUUAAGUAUUUCUUCAUUUUAAAUGCUAAAUUGUGCAGUGUACAGGUGAGCAUUUUCACCUAAAUAACAAGAUGAAAAGCAGAUGCAAAAUGUAACAAGAAAUUCAGGCUUGGCUUGUGCAGGUGCGGUUGAGUAGUGCUAAAAUAAGUGUUAAGUGUUUAUUAAGGAGUGAGAGGUGCAUUGUAGUGUGCAUACUCGAAGGUGAUUGCUGUCCUAUAGAUUGACAAGAGAACCAGCUAGGUAAUGGGGCAAGAGAAAAGUGUUCUGUGAACUUUAUGGAAGGUAAUAGUCAAAUAUCUCUAUCUGCUUUAGGAAGAGACCACAUAUCUUAUAUAGGCCCAGUAAUUGGCUUCCUUAGCCUGUGUAUACAAUUUAAAGUACUAGGAGUUUGAUUUUUACCAAAUGUCUAGAAGAGGAAUUGGUUCGAAGCAAUUCAGUUGGUGGUGGCUAAAGCAUUUAUGGUAACUUUAUUUGAUGUCCAAGAUGUAAAGGAUUCAUCAGACAUCAUCUCUCAUGAAUUCCUAAAUAAAGAUCUUUCAAUCAUAAA